GGAACCAGAAAACUGCUCUAUUCCUGUAGGACGACGCCAUGCCUGGGCGUUAAACUCCUGAUUCACAGUGAAAGUCUCUAGAACUGAAAGACCUGAAGGUACGGAGCAAAUAGACACCAGCAGAGGGCGCCAUGUCUGCUGCAGACAGGAUGAAGGUGCUCCUCUUCCUGGCCUUGUUCUCCGGAGCAUCUGGAGCGUUGUUCACGCUGCUCUGCUGCGGGACGGAGUACUGGCUGCUGGCCGCCGAGUCCUGCAGCCGGACCCGAGAGGAGGGCGACAGGAAGAGGAACACCUUAAAGCCUGAGGACGGGGUGACGAUGUUCCACCAGGGUCUGUUCUGGCGCUGUUUUUUCACCGCUGCCUCCUCUGAUUUCUCUGUCCUGGACUUCUGGAUUACGAGUCGGCCUGAGUCAAAGACCUGCCAGCCUGCCUUCCUCUUCCCGUUUCCUGCACCCCACCCGGCCUGGACCGGCUUCCCCUCAGAGCCGUACCAACCUGCCUCCGCCAUCGUCUUCAGAACCUUCUGGAGCAUCUUCCUUGUCUCAGGCGUCACGGCUGUCGUCGUUGGUGGACUCCUGGUGCUGUGUGCUGCUCCUCUGACCAAUCGUAGCCUCUACAGCGCUGGCGGGGCUCUUCAGAUCUGUGGAGGCAUGUGCCUGCUGGUCGUCAUGGCGAUGUACCUGGUGUGGGUCCAGGUGCUGGAUACCCUGGAGCAGUUUGCCGCCCAUCAGCGCAGCGUCUCCGGCUGCCCGUCCUACCAGCUCAGUGUCCAGCAGGGCCCGUCCUUCCUGCUGGCGCCCGCCGCUGGCUUCCUCUGCCUGCUGGCCGGACUCCUCUUCAUCCUGGUGGGGCGCGGCGUUCAGGGGGUCCGCUCAGACCAAACCAUCCCCGGCCCGUCAGAGACCGAGCUGUGAUGAGCGUGUCCUCUUCAACAAACUCUUUGGGACAAAAAUGAAAUUACAGCUACAGCUAAAUGCCUGGAAGCUCAAAUAGAAGCCUUCUGCUUUACACUUGAAGUUGUUACUUCAUAUCAGUCUACAUCUGUUUAAUUGAAAUAGGCUGCUGUUUGCUUUUGACUCUGGUUGACUGUGACACAAACACCUCCAUGUUUAACACUUGGACUUCAGUUCUUUCCUCACAAACUGACUACAAUUCCAGUCAAAAUGUAAUAUCAGCUUUAGUUUGCCAAACUGAAUCUCUAACCUGAUUUAUGAUUUGCUGUUGAUGUCCAGUGGAACAGCGUAGCUGAACGUCUGACCCGAAUUCCUUCGGUAGAUCUUCCUUCUGGCCAACCAGCAAACUGAAGGAGAACUUGUGAACUUCUGCGGCGCUUUAGACUUGUAGUUUAAACAGCGAGUUUAAACUACAAGUCACUUCAUCCGCUGGGUAGCGGAUGAAGUGAAGGAAGUCGUUCAGUCCUUUUCGACCAGAAAGUUGGCAAAAGUCUUCGCGGGGUGGAGGAUGGUUGUUUACAGUUCACAUAUUUCCCGUAGCUUCCUUCACGGUCAAGCUGGUACGUUGCAUAUGUCUCAGUCAAACAUGAAAUCAGAUCCAAAUUUUCAACAGUCCAGCAAGCAAACUUUUCUCUGUAUUCAAAACUCCGGACUGUCAGGACGAGGCGAAGUGUAGAACCAGUGGCUGUUUUCUACCCAGCUAUCACUCCUGGCAGUUUCUAUGGAAACCUUUCUUGUAAUUGUCAAAUGAAUUUGUUCUUGUUCUCUUUAUUUGUGUUACAACUUGGUAAAGCUGCUACCUGAAUAAUCAGUUGUUCUCUCCAAGCUCAUGUUCCUCUGUUUGUGAUAUGGAAAUAAAUAAAAGGAAGUUGAUGAGCAGAACUAAGGGGACCUUAAAACUAUCCUGUCGCUACUCAGAUCAUCAUCCAAAACCAGAAUGACUCAAAAUACCAAAACAGAGAACGUCAGAAAUGGAGGUCGCAGUAGAACAGGAAGUUAAUAUAACGUUGAGGAUGACAGAGCAACAAAACUAAACAGGAAAUUAUUUAAAGACAUUUCCUGUAAUAACUUUUGGUUUUGAAAUGAGUUCAAACAGCAAUGUCAAUAUUUCUCUUAAACUAGUCUGUCCACCUUCAACCCAGCCUGCUAGUUGAUGAGCUCCUUCUGCUUGGUUCUCCUCUAAUCUGCUUGAGAGCCCAGAGAAAUAGU